GAAGCCACCCUCCAGAAAGGAGUAAGAACCGCUCUGGAACAUUCCCAGGAAAGGUCGCCGGGGGGCAGACCUGUGCGGCUACGCGGACCCGGCGGAUGCGGCGGACCCAGAGCCUUCGCAGGGCAGCCCCUGCAGCCAGCGAGCUCCGACUCUCGCUCUUCAGCGAACACCGCCCUUGGCGCCACGCCCACCUCCACCCGCGGCCACCUUCCCUCCCUCCCACCGCCAGACCUUCAGACGGGAUCUACCCCGGGCGGCCCCCAGCACGGGUCUCAGCCCCCUCCAGACUGGGGUUGUCGCCACCCUGCACUGAAAUGGCGGCAGCCAGCUCCCUCCUGCCGCAGCCGGUGGCAGCCAGCUCCGGGCCUGGCUGGCCCCGCCCACCCUGUGUCUCGCGUGGCACCCACGGCGCUGUUCCUGUCCCGCCUGUCUUAUCGUGACCUCACCCGGCUCCAGACUCUCACAUGUUUACGCCUUCAGCCCUGCCCAGCCCUGGACCCCAAGUCCCCUCCAGUAUUUCUUUUUCCUUU